UUAGGGAAAGUAAGGAAGCAUCUUUGUCCUCCAAAUUUUCUGCAACAAUGAACAAGGGACCACCACCCUUCUCUAGCUUCCGCAAGAAAUCAAAAGACCCACUGACGAAUGAUUACCCUUUGGAUCACAAAUUUUCAAUCUCUACUCCCACUGUUGCCGGAGUGGCGCUUAGAUCAACUGCAACAAAUAAAGAUGGUGUGUCGACUGUAGAUAUUGGAGCUCUAUACAAAUCUAAGAAGACGUCAAUUGUAGUCAAAUUUGACGCACAAUCAAAUAUUACUUUGACGUUUGUUUUGAAGAAGAUUAAGCCCUUAACAAACUUCCUUGCUUCAUUCAAUCUCCAUGAUUUUGAAUCUGGCAAGGUUGCAACGACGUUAACUUUCACGGAGAUUGCCCCGUCAACAAACACUAUUGCUUCAUUCCGUCUGCCUAAUUUAAGAUCUAGCAAGCUUAAGUUACAAUACUUUGAUCAACAUGCUACUCUAACAUCAACAAUGGCUUUGAAUGAAGCUCCAACAGUCGGUGUUUCAACAACAAUUGGCACUCCAACAAUUGCCAUUGGUGCAAAGGCAGCUAAUGAGAUCUUUACUAGUAAACUCAUAAGCUUUGCAGUUGGCAUCAAUUUCAACAGACCAGAUUCUACUGCAUCCUUAGUCUUGGGUGGCAACGGAGACACAAUAAGAGCAUUGUAUAGGUAUCGCUUUGAUGUUCUAAAGAAGACUGCAGCUGCAGUGGAGAUUACGCGAAGGUUAUCAGCAAACGAGACGGACUUUGUGGUUGGAGGGUGUUAUGUAUUCAGUGAUCAAACAAUGGUUAAUGUGAAGUUCGACAGUUGUGGAAAGCUAGGUGCCAUCUUGCAGCGCAAGAUCAUUCCUAGAUCACUCGUUUCGUUAUCUAGUGAGCUUGACAUGAAAGCCUUGCAUAAAACUCCUAAGUUUGGUUUGUCUCUUGUUCUUAAACCUUGAUCAAAUUUUGUGUCAUGGCAUAUGAGUAAAUUUGCUAUAUUGCCAUAAAUGGCACAUAAUACAAGGAACUAAACAUGUGCA